AUGGAGUGCAAGCACCUCUCCGAGAGCGAGGUCAAGCAACUCACAGAAAUGGCUCGGGAGAUCCUGGCCGAGGAGAGCAAUGUGCAGCCGGUCAGAUGCCCUGUGACGAUAUCAGGUGACAUCCAUGGCCAGUUCCAUGAUCUCAUGGAGCUCUUCCGUAUAGGGGGCCUCCUCCCAGACACAAAUUAUCUCUUCCUCGGGGACUACGUCGACCGAGGCUAUUUCUCGGUAGAGUGCGUGUCCCUUCUGCUAGCCUACAAGGUCCGGUACCGGGAACGGAUCACCAUUCUUCGGGGUAACCACGAAAGUCGCCAGAUCACGCAGAUCUACGGCUUCUUCGACGAGUGCGCUCGGAAGUAUGGCAGCCAAAGUGUGUGGAAGAUGUUCACCGAUCUAUUCGACUACUUGCCCUUGACUGCCCUGGUCGAGAACCGGAUCUUCUCACAGCAUGGAGGCCUCUCACCGAGCAUCGAGAAGCUAGACGAUGUCAGGAAGCUUGAUCGGAUACAGGAGGUGCCGCACGAGGGCGCCAUGUGCGAUCUCCUUUGGAGUGAUCCUGACGAUCGUCUCGGCUGGGGCGUGAGUCCUCGAGGCGCGGGCUACACCUUCGGGCAGGAUGUGUCCGAGAAGUUCAACCAGUCGAACGGUUUGAACCUCAUCGCGAGGGCGCACCAGCUGGUCAUGGAAGGGUACAACUGGACCCAUGAACAGCAAGUUGUCACUAUCUUUUCUGCGCCAAACUACUGCUACCGUUCCGGAAACCAGGCUGCGAUCAUGGAGAUUGAUGAGCGGCUAGGGUCUCACUUUGUGCAGUUUGAUCCCGCGCCUCGUCGGGGUGAAGCAGCCAUCGGCAGGCCCCCGGUUGAGUACUUCUUGUUGUGCACUGAUUGCUCCGGCGUCCGUUUUCAGCUGCGUGAUGAGGCUGCCGAUGCUUUGGCAGCAGCUGAGAGUCACAAACUCGCGGUGGAGCAGGAAAUUCAGAAGGUCAUCGCCGAGACGGAAAAAGUCACCAAGGAGACUUACACCUCUCUCAGCCUUUUGAAAGCUCAGACGCCGCAGACUUACGCCCAAGGUGCUGAGCAGAAGCCCGAUGACCCGGAGGCCAGCAGGGGUGCCCGCUGCCUUGGCUUGUCACGGCUUGGCCCUGGUUCCAUUUCUCUGCCCCGGAACGAAAGCACUGAGAAGUACAACACGGAAGGGACUGUGUUUACAGCCCUUGACGUCUCCAUCAGACUACUGCAACAGUCCCGCGGCGGCUUCGUGGAGUCGCACUCCAGCCGUGCUAAUUCCAUGUCACGUCACACGACAGACGAUCUGGCUAUGCAGUGCUAUCUGCUAGCUCGUGUCCUCCUACUGUUCAGCUCUGCUUUCCUUUUUGCAGCCUUGUGGGCCUUCGUCGCAGCCACUUAUGAGGUCGUGGCACAUGUGGAAGGCAAUCGCCGUGUAUUCUGCAUCUUGCAGGUGCGACAGAGGGCAGGCGCUGCCACGUGGUACGAAGCCAUCUUGCGCGACUUGCAACUGGACAAGGUCUGGGUCGCCUUCGACCGGGGUAUUUGGCCCAGUCGCGAGCUUUCCUGCCAACAUGUCCGGGCCAGGGUCUUUCCCGUCGACUCGCCUCCGCAGCUCAUUGCCGGGGCCGAGGUCGAAGUGCGAUUUCCGGCAACAGAGGAUGGCCCAGCACACUGGUCUGCAGCCUCCAUCUCGCACAAUGCUUGCGAGCAGGAGGGCCGGAUUCUUGUGGUCGUGGAGGGUCGGGAGGUGGCCGUGGCUUUGGACGCUGUACGGGCACCCAGCCAGCAAGUGCCGCUGAACCCCCUGGCCUUCACGAGGGCUGCCGUGCCCGUUGGUAAGGAACUACACAGCUGGCUGAGCCUACCAGAUGCAAGAGGAUGUCUGGAGCAGGUGCGAUCUACGACAGGUCUGCAUUUGGCCACUCCCGGAGUAGAGCAUCCUCACGGCGGAAAUGGAGUCGUGGUGCAGGAGCUGGACGCCGUCAUUCUAAUCGGCGGAGAAGCCGCCAUCGCCAGAGCUUCCAUGGUGUUGAAGAUCCACCUCAUGCAUCAGGCUGAGGUGGAGGCCUUCCAUCGACGGCGUGCAAAGAAGCUGGCACAGUUGAAGGAGCUCGAAGCGAAAGGUCUAGGUGAAGACGCCCGCCUCUCCUUUGAGGUGGAUGCGGGUCUUAUCGGCCGCACCUGUGGAAAAGGCGGGGAGCGUGUGAAGAAGGUGGAAAAGGAGUUCAACGUCGAGGUUCGGAUUCAAGAGACCCAGGAUGCCGAUCCAUCGGAACCGCGGAAGAUCCUGAUCUACUGCGACAGCGAUGCCGAUGCAGAGGGUGCUCGGAGAGAACUCGAACUGCGUAAGCAACUCUAUGCCCUCCCGGCUGAACGUAUAACGUGGUUCCAGCGGAACGACAACCGAUUAAUCCAGGACGUCACGCGAAAGGCGGGACUUGCAGCCGCCACCUGGACCGAGUCGGGCUUGGAGCUUUGCGGCCAGCAAAGUUCCCUGGAAGAUGCCGUGCUGCUUCUGGAUAGCCACAACGAGUACUUCCUCGUGUACAGGGAGAUGGACCGCGAGCAGUUCAUGAUCUCACAGUCCUUCGAGGAACUGGAGCAGGCAAACCGUCCAUCGAGCUUCCGUCCGAAUCCGCGCACGUCGAAGUCUCGUGAGAGGGCGCAGGAUCAGACGAAGGCUGGAGUGCCGAAGCGCCGCGUCCACGCGGCCGCGGUGGCCGCGGUCGUGGUGCCAGGGUGCGUCCCAUCGGAAGACACGGCAAAGCCUAGCCACGCCCCUUUGCGCCCCCUGCCCCGUGCUAGAAGCACUCUGGCACUGGUGGCCGCCGUGUGGAUGCUCCCGGCUGCCUUCAUGGCUCCGUCCUCGCCGGUGCCUGCCCUGCGCGGUACAGCCACCGAAGGAUCCUUGGCCGGCAUUGAGAUCGAGACGCGGGCUCCUAUGGUCCUUGUCGAGGCCUUGCCAGAGCCGCGCCCCAACGACGCCAUGCUCCCUGCACAAGGUGUCCUGGCCGGGCCUAUUCUUUCCCUUGGCGGCUCACAGGCCGUCACACUGCGGCAGCUGAAGCAGCAAGUGGAAGCAGAGGCGCAGCGUGUUGCCAAUCUUCGUUCCGAUCUUGCAGCAAGACACGUUGGCAAGCCCUCCAUGCCUGGAGGCCAGGACGGGCUUUGGGACGCCCAGCGCCUUUGUCAGGGUCAAAGCUUCGGUGAGCAGCUGCGCGAUGUGCAAAAGCUCUUCUACGAGUCGGAGUUUGAUUCCGGCGUGUGCAAUGUCCCACUGGCCAGAGGCGUGCUUAAAGCAUGGGGGCGGCCUGCACAGAAGGCAGACUCAGGUGCACCGGUGGGGUCACUUCCCGGAGCCGUCGAAGCCGGCUCACUGACUGCCUCGCCACCAGCCUCUGAUGCGCCUCCCACCUCCGGGAGGAGGGCCAGCUCUGCAAGCAGGUUGAGCCAGCGCCUCGCGUCUUUGCAGAUUGAAACCGCCAUCGACACUCCCAAGGAGCAACGGCGGUAUGGCCCUGAGCGUUUCUUCUACGACCAGAAAACUUACACCGGCGUUCACAAGAACGGGUCGCCGACCACUGUGGAAAAGGAGGUGGUUACGCAGAUCUUGCGGGAUCCUUCCCCUCGGAGUGCUCGAAGUCGCUCGGCCUCUGUGGCUUCUCUAUCCCCUCGGGCCCGGGCAGCUUCUACAUCGAUGACGCCUCGGGCCAGUGGCGUUUACAACAGCUUCAAGCUGGUCUCCCCGGUGGGCGACUCACCUCGAAGAAGAACCAUCGCAGGGGAAUCUGCGGAGGACAACACCCGUUAUGGCCCCGAACGAUUCUUCUAUGAGCAAAGCACCUACACAGGCACUCAUCGCCAAGGAGGCCCCCAGGUAGCGGAGCCUCCAGAGCCAGUGCGAAAGGCGUCCACAAUGACGAUGACUCCUCGCUCGGCGCGCAGCCAGCGCGGCUCCACGGUCUCCUUGGCAUCAGAAGCCGGGUCCAUGCGGCUGCGCUCACCCACGGGUCCUUCAGGCAUCGCCAGGCGUUUGGACUUCAGCAGCCAGGAGGAGACGAAGGAGCCUCAGUCUACGCGAUCCAUGCGCAGCCUGCAGUCGAUGCAGUCUCAGGGUUCCCUUGCGGGGCCGGCUUCACCGCGAAACCGAGCUUUCACCGAGACGCCACGCAGUGCACGGUCGGCGUCUGUGACGUUCAAAGACCAAGACUCUUUUCGCUACGGUCCUGAGCGCUUCUUCUACGACUCGAGGACCUACACCGGAGUCCACAAGCAUGGGGGCCCCAUCACGGAUGACUUUCGGGAACCGAACGGCCAGGUAGCCCUGACAGGGAUACCGCCACCUCGCCUCAAGGGCGCCAAGUUUCACAGUUCUCGCUGGAAGUCGAGGUUGAACGCCAAGCAAGCAUUGCAGCUGCAUUGGCACCGGCCGGGGGAGUUUCCGAAUUGGAGGCAUCGGGACCGCUUGCAGUCCGUUCUUUGCGGUUGGGUAGAGGGCUCCCUGCAGCAGAUGAACAUGGAGCUGGUGAGGGCGCAGGAGUCGGCUCGGAAGUCUCGACGACAGGAAGAGGACCUCCGGAAUGACCUGGCGAAGCUGAAGGAGCGAACAGCGGCCACCAGAGACAAGCUGCUGUACCAGGAGGAUCACCUGAAGCUUCAGGGUGAGACCUUGGCAAAGUUAGAAUCGCAGAAGGCGAAGUCUGAGGGUGAUGUCGAGACGCUUACGCUGGGUCUACACAAGCUGGACCAGGAGAACCAGUACCUCCAGGAAGCCAUCAAGCAUCUCAUGCAACAGGUGGAGGCCAAGCACGGCGGUUCGCUCGAUGGCUGGGCUCCGACCUCGACUUUGCAGCGGAAGCACCAGAAUUCAUCAGCCGACCUGAACCUGCCACUUUCGUCGUUAUAUCCGCACGUUCCUAGAUUCUGUAGAUGUUUGUGGCAUGGUCUUGUCAGAUGCCGCUGCCUGGACAGCAGGGUACCGGUAUUCAAGUGCUUGUGUGUGCGUGCACAUUUACGCAUGGACAUCUGCUCGCACACAGGGUACAUGUGUUCGCUCUGUUUUCCAGGUUGCCAGAUUCCCUUCAUCUACGACCAUACUCUGCAACGAUAG